AUGAAAAACAACCCCGACUUAGAGAAAGACUAUAUAUUUAAUAGUUUAGUCAAAAGAGACAAACAAGAAAGAAUGCCAGGCUUCAAACUUAAGAAAGGUGACAAAGUAAAAAUAGAAAUACCUAAACGCGACCCAUAUGAAAAUACUAUUGACUAUGACAACAAUGGGAACUCGACAGGUACUCGCAUUCGUGUUCGUAAAAAUAGAAGAAAGUAUACAAGAGAAUAUUAUGAAGUUUUAGGCAAACAUGGCAAAAUGUACACACUGCAAGCAGAAGAUAAAACUACUAUUGUCAGACCUCGUUUCAAACUUGUCAAAGUUCAAGGUGGUAUACUUUCAAAGACAGUUCCUAACAAAUAUAAGACAACUCCUGACGAAUAUGCUAAAGAAGUUGAAAAUGACGACUAA